AUGGAUGGUGGAAAGAGGCGCGUUGACUCCCGAUGCGUCGCCACCGCCGGUGGCAGGGAUAAUCUGAUUAUCGAUCAGAUCAUGUUGAAGUACCGUCCGAUCGCUCCGAGGCCGGUUACUGCUGAGAGUUCCGGUCAGUCGUUACGGACGAAGGAUGGGAUGCUUAAGAGGAAGAGAGUGAAGAGGAAGUACGUGAGAGUGAAGAAGAGGAAGAGUAACGCGACUGGGUGUAGUUUGACGAUAAACGAUAACAAAAGCAGCUGGUUCGAUUUGGAGAAAGCUGUUGCGAUGCUCGAGGAUUCCAAAGGAAAUGAGCUUGUUGUUUCAGAUCCGUUGCAGAACGUUUCGAACUGGAUCAGCUUCGGUUUACCUGAUCUGGCGAUGGCGAUGCAGCAAAGGAAGGUAGUGGAGUCUUGGAUCACUCUGGAAUCAGUUACCGGCACGUGUGAGGAUCGGAGGUUGUUAGGCUACACGGAUGAAGAGAUAUGGAAGAAUCUAGAGAGUGAUAGCUGUCCAGGUUUCAUAUCGAACAGUUUCGAUGAGGUCCUGUGGGUGAAUCCGGCAUACCGGAGGAUGCUGGAUCUGAAUUCAGAAGGUCGAGCACCGGCGACUGAGGUGGCGGUGUGGCUGGGGGUAAAAGUGGAAAAAUCCAUGGUGGUAAAAUACCUGCCAGCUUUCUCAUGCAGAGUCAGAAUUGUGUACCGAUUAUCUGAGAAGAAGACGCAGAUGAUGGUGCCCUGCGACGUCUGCAAGAUGGAUUCCGGUGGCUUUGCAUGGCGGCUGGAUGUCAAAUCUGCCUUGAGCUUGGGGCCAUUGAAUUAA